AAUUGAUCAGUCACGCUUAAACCUUCGGCCGUGGAGGAUGUGUGUCGCUCUCGAAGAAAUACGCGCGUAAAAUUAUUUUAAUCGUAAUUUUAUACGAUGAAUUAUUCGUUAAGCGAUUAAUGUUUACAUCCUAUUGAUUCUCGUGCGACGUUUAUGUAGAUUUUCGUUUGUUUUUUUAUAUAAUUAAUCGUGAUUAGUUAUUGUGGUGUUAUCAUUUGAAUAUUACAAUUAUUUGUUGAAAAUUUAUCAACAGCUUUGUAAGAGCUGUCGCAAUCGAGCUCGGGUGCGGCAUGCGCGGCCGCGCGUCGCUGUGGCGGCGGCUGGCCGUGGGCGCGGCCGCGCUGCUCGCCGCCGCGGCGCUCGUGGCCGCGCUCUGCUGGAACCGCAUCUUCGAGUCGGCUCUCAACUCGCAAAUAAAGCUGUCCCCUAACACGCGCGCCUACAACGACUGGGUGGCGCCGUCAGUGCCGCUACUAUUCGACGUGUACCUGUUCAACUGGACCAACUCCAAGAGCUUCCCCGAAGAGCGACCCAACUUGGAACAACUAGGUCCAUAUCGUUUUCGGGAACAACGCCGGCACGUGAACGUAACGUUCCACCCUGGCAACGGCUCGGUGUCGUACCGCACGCAGCGCAGCUGGCACUUCGACGAACAGAGUAAUGGUACGAUGGAGGACACCGUCACCAUACUCAACAUUAUCGUUGCCUCCGCGAUCUACCGCGCUCGGCACUGGGACUUCUUGACGCAGAAAGGCUUGUCAAUGAUGCUUGCCAUGCUCGGCCAUGGCCUGACCACGACGAGGACGGUCAGGGAGCUGUUGUUCGAAGGCUUCGAGGACCGGCUGCUGGACAUAGCGAAGACCCUGCCUGCCAGUACCACGGGCGGUGCGCCACCUGUUGACAGAUUUGGACUAUUUUAUGGGAGGAACAACUCUAUGGACACCGAGGGUCGGGUGGAGGUGACGACGGGAGCGCUGAGCGGUACCAUCCCGGGACAGAUCCUGAGUUGGGAUUACCACAAGAGCCUGCCCUGGUACGAAGGAGAAUGUGCCAAGAUGCAAGGCAGCGGCGGCGAGUUCAUGCCGCACAACCUGACGGAGGAGGCGCCGCUCACCAUCUUCAUGCCGGACCUGUGCCGCACGGUGCACAUGGAGCCCGAGCGCAGCGGGGAGAUGGAUGGCCUGCCGUACAUCAAGUACGCCAUGACGGACAUCAGCUUCGAUAACUCUACAAGAAAUCCGCAGAAUUCUUGUUUCUGCAACGGGGAGUGCAUCUGGGGCGGCGUGAUGAACGUGUCGGCGUGUCGCUACGGCAGCCCGUCGUUCCUGUCGCUGCCACACUUCCUACACGGCGAUCCGGAGCUCCGUGAGGCGGUGCAGGGGAUGCGGCCUGACCCUGACCUGCACUCCUUCUACUUCGCUGUGGAGCCUAGGUUAGGCGUCCCUCUCGACGUGGCGGGUAGAUUCCAGUUUAACGUAUACAUUGAACCUAACCCUUAUAUUGCUCUCUACGAAAAAGUGCCAAGAAUGCUGUUCCCUAUAUUCUGGGUGGAACAAAGCGUUAAAGUCAGCGAAUCAGUGUUUGCGGAGCUACGCAUGGUGCGCGCCAUCUUGGAUUGGGGCGGCACGGUGUGCGCGUGCGCCGCCAUCUUUUUCGCGAGCUUCGUUACCAUAGUAACGUGUUGUAAUAAGAAAUCUCAGUAUACCAAGCCACCAAUCCAGGAUAUCGUCUGCGAAAAGCCGAAAGACGAAGCCGAAAUUAAAUUGUACUCUAUGUAAAUUGACUGAUUUAUUUUAGUGGUUUUUAUUACAUGGCAACCAUGACGAUGCCGUACAGUAUCUUUAGCGCUUAACUACGAUCUCACUUGAUGUUAAGUGAUUGCAGUUUAAGAUGGAAGUGACGAGAGAGAAAUAUACUGUCGACCAAUAGCAGCGAAGUCAAAAAUAUCCCUCUAUCUUUCGUCGUUAAACACCAUUGUUAACUUUCUAAAUAACAUCGCACUCGAACAAUUUUUUUUGUAGAUAUUAUGUGUGGCAUGUCCAGCACUAUUUCAUUCAGGAUGUUUUUAUAACUUCUCUUCUCUUGAGUCUUGAAUUAUUUUGUACCUUUCUCUGUGUAACACAAUAAGUAUAUAGAGAUGGAGACUCACACUGUAGAGUCAUGAAAACAUCGUCACAGAAUAGUGCUAAAACACAUCUGUCGUGUUUAGUACUUAGACUAAUUACAUAUGGACUAGUAUCGCACCCAAAUUCACGAAAAAAAUUGUCUGUCAUUUUCUGAGGAAAACGAACUUAGAUAGCUAGAAGAUUUUACCCGUUUUUACACCUACACAAGAAGGUAUUUUACGGAGUUCUUUCACCAACGAACACGAUUACAGCUUUGAAACAUCGAUUCUUUAUAGACAGUUCUUAUAAGCGCAUUAGAUCGUUGAUCAUAUAGUUUGACAGAAAAGUAACGUCUAGCGAGACAGGUCGUUAUGUAAUUAGUCUGAGGUUAAGUGUUUUAUUGUAGUGUAUAAUGUAUUGUAUUAUAUAAUGUAAUUAAUGUUAUGUUAAUGUAGUAAUGACAAUUCUCAAGGGGGAUAGGAAAUUAUUUUCCUACUCUUUGAAAGGUACACACAGGUAUACUAGUACCUAUGUCCUUGUUUUGAAUUUGUAUACGUAUCUGUACCUGUCCACUCAUUGAUAUUAUUAUUUGUAAAAAAAACAAAUUGAGAUAGGUAUAUUUCGACUCCAUUCACAUGAUAGUCUGUUUUUUAAAAAUCCCGUGCUAUACACACAGACACCCUUGAUCUGUCAUCAAAAACCCAACUAUGUACAUCAAAAGAUAAACAGGAUUUCCGGAUUUUUUUACUUUAUAUGGAUUGUGGCGGAUCAAAAAACGUACAUAAUCAUUACGGGCCUUUAAUUUAACGACAAUUUAAAGACAUUGUAGACAUAGUUAGUUAUAAAUCUGUAUAACCAUUCGUUGAUUUGUUCAUUUUAAUAUAACUACGAAGUUAGACUCGAUAACAGUUAUUCUAGUUUAUUUUUUCAUUUUGAUGUUAUAGGUAUGUUAUGUUUGGUGUAUUUUUGAGGACUUUAGUUUGAUACCUUUAUUUUGAACGUUGUUGUAUAAAGAAGACGUAGUGACUAACUAACUACAAUCGAGAAAGGGAUUUGGGCACGCAGAGUGGAUGAGUAGAAGGAAUAUAACGAAACUUAUUUAAAAGCCCUCAUUCGGACGAGAGCUUUUUAACGGACGUCAAAAAAGCGUUCAAAUACAACAAAUGCAUUCCCAAGUGUCCCAAUUCCCUAUGUUCACACGACGUUUUUAAAACACGACGCUUUUUUUCGAGCAGAUUUGGGUUCGAGUUGCAUUUUCAAAUUUGGGCGUUGGAAAUAGACCUUCAUUUAAUUUCAUACUAUAUUUGAACGAUUUUUUAACGUCCGUUGCGUCUCGUGCGAAUGAGGUCUAAAUGAGUGAAUGGAUACGUUGGAUGGGGAAGACAAGGCGAACGUUCCUGGACCAUAUCCAUAUCCCGGACAUUUUCAAUGUAGUCUUCGCUAAAGUACCUUAAACCGACGAUAUUGUAUGAACGAAUUGAUGAGAAUGAAUAAAGCAAGGAAGAUAUGCAAGGGUUGUAGCAAUUAGUCGUAAGUAAGGAAGGAUGUGGUCUCUGCCUGCUUAUGGGUAUGGCGUGAUUAUAAUUAUGUAUUUAGAUAAUUAUUGAUUAAUUUAUUACUUAUGUAAACUAUUACCCUCCUUCUGCCAUUAAAUAUAUGUUAUAAUAAUUAAGUUAUUAGUGUUAUAUUGAUAUUCAUGUAAUUAAUAUUAAAAAUGUAAAGAUGCAUAAUGUCGUAGAUACCCGCAAAAUAAAAAUCCCACAACUCAUCACCAGAGAGCCUAGUGGUAGUUUGAUGCUGUUACUAUCGCGUUAACGUAAAUGUGAAUUUCUAAGGAAUUGAAACAGCGCCAUCUAGUGGCACUACUGCACAACUGUUUCAAUUCCAUAUAAAUUCGCGUUUACGUCAACGCGAUAGUACAAAUAUUGAAAACUCCCACUAGGCACACAGGUCUCCGGCUGCAGAUAGUGUGAUUUGCAGUAAGGAGUUCCUUACAAAGAAUACUAAAGGACCUGAAUUUUAAGUGAUACGAAGGUAAAACAAUGUUCCAUGUGAGGCAUUCCAAAACGACGGAAUAAAAUAAAAAUGUUGUUUUUUUAUUACAAAUAUUUAAGUAAAUCUAAAGAAACCAUGAACUUAGAAUUUUAUCUAAAGAAACCAUGAACUUAGACUUGUAGAACUUUAUCGUCGAUUUAUUUCUACAAGGUUCUAUCGUGAUGACGUUCCUUUUACUUGACGUUUUGGCUGGUGGGAGGCUUCGGCCGUGGCUAGUUACCACCCUACCGGCAAAGACGUACCGCCAAGCGAUUUCGUGUUCCGGUACGAUGCCGUGUAGAAACCGAAAGGGGUGUGGAUUUUCAUCCUCCUCCUAACAAGUUAGCCCGCUUCUAUCUAAGACUACAUCAUCACUUACCAUCAGGUGUACCAUUGUAGUCCAGGGCUAACUUGUACAGAAUAAAAAAAUAAAAAAAAAAACGUACAUAAAGCCAUUAGUUUUUAUUUUUCAUUAUUUUUCGUUUCGUAUUUUGUGCAUUAAGCCAGUCCUAAAGUGAUAAUUAUUUAUUUUUUAAAUUUUUUUUUCCUGCCGAAGUUUUGCUGUUAACUUCUUUGGCUGGCAAUAGAAGAACCCCUUAACAUUUUGCUAUAGCAAUACCUUAUUCCGUGCAUAGUUGACAACAAAAGGCCAGGCGUAGUUGCUUCUGUUACCUAUUUAUUUACAUUUCAAAGUCACAUUAUUUCCAUGGUUAAAACCAGGGGCGUAGCUACCGUCAUAUCAGCCGCGUCGAUGAUAUGGGGCCCCAGAUUACAGAGGCCCCUUUAUGUGUGAAAGCAAAAAUUAGUAAAAUGUAGUCGACAAUCUCACGUAAUCUGGUGCUUUCCGGGAAAAAACCAACAGUAAGUUACAACAAAUAUUUCGAUACCAAUUUUUGUGGUGAUAGUGAGAAAGAGUAAGAGAUUUUUUUUUUAUUCUUUAAAAGUUAUCCCUUGACUACAAUCUCACCUGAAUGAUGAUGCAAUCGAAGAUGGAAGCGGGCUAACUUGUUAGGAGGAGGAUGUAAAUCCACACCCCUAUCGGUUUCUACGCGACAUCGUACGGAAACACUAAAUCGAUUGGCGGUAUGCCUUUGCCGCCAAUCGUAACGCCAAAUAAUUUAAGGUUCCAUUACCUACUCAUAGAAACCAUUGAAUAUAAAUAAAAAGGAGAUGGUCCAAAAUUGUAUGGAGCUCAGGAUCAGCCAUUGUACCCUGGCGGAAAUAAAAGAAAGUAUUUUUUUUAACUAUUUUUGAUUAUACAAAUCUACGAAUUUACUUUAAUUCUUUCGAAAUUAUAUUCAUUCUCCCCCAAGAAAUGCAACACUAAUGAGGGUAUGGCGGAUUGAUGACGUUUUUAAAGCAGUAGUCGUUUUGACGUUUGCUGUCAAUUGUCAUGUCAUAGUUGGUUUAAGGGCGCCAUCUUGAUAAAACUCAAAAACUUGGGUUUUAUUUCAUUUAUUUCUUUUUAUUGAGAUUUAUUCAUUUAUUUAGAUUUUAAUAAAAUCCUUUUUUAAAUUUUUAAUGAUACGGGGCACACGAAUGGACCUAAAAUGGACCAUUUCCUUUGGGUAAGACGUUGAAUGAAUUACACCUAGGUAGGUACCCAAAAUAAGACUGUAAUUAUGAGAAGGUAAUUUGAUGAUAAAACACAUUGCCAUAAUCUCUAUACAAAUUAUUUUGUCAUUUAUGGAACUGCGUGGAGACGUGGUUUUAAGGCCGAUAUUUUAUGUAAAUGAUAUUCGUAUAAAAUAUAAGUAAAUGUAGCUGUGUUGUGUAUUUUCGUAUCAUAAAACAAGAAAACGUGUAUUUAUUAAAGUGUAUUUGGAUGCAAUUUAUUAAAUAUGUGAUGACAGAUUU